UUACACCCAAACCCUUUAAAAACUCGCGAAAUACAGCAUUGUGGGGUUUCUGUUCUCACAGUUAGCAAACUUGUACAAUGGAAUGUACAAAAGUCUAACUUGCAUUUGAAUGUGUGGCAUUUCUGCGCUCCUGGGGUCAAAUUGUUCGUUAUGGAGUAAAUUACUUCUUUUCUGAGAGGACGCGCUUCUUCCAUUUUUGAGGAAGUUGUCAUAUUAUUAUUUGUGAUAAAGUAGGGUACAACAAAGAAGAGGAAGAUGGAGACUUUUAGAACAUCCUCUAAGAAUGCCAUUUUUGUGCUUGCUUUAGUGUGUUCAUUGAGAGGAGCUGUAUCUCAAGGUGCCCUACCUCUGACCCCGUCCAAAUUCUAUGCCGUCAAGGCGUCCACCGUGCAGCUGCCGUGCAUGGCGGGAACACCUGGGGACAAGCUGCAUUGGGUUGCUGACCACGAGGACGACUCGCUUCGCUCCCGCAGCUCCAAUUUCCGUGACCCCGAAGACCCUAACCUUUUAAUGAAGGUCAUCAACAAUGUCCAGGCGUCUGAUGCCGGGGCUUUCCUCUGCGUCAACGCUAUUGGAAACAGCGUGGUGGAACUCAUCGUUAUUGACCAAGUGUCCAUCCCGGAAGAAGUGACUGCGGAGGUGACAGCCCCAGACGAGAUCAUGGUCCGCUGGAAAGAGCCAAGCAAGAGCCCUGAGCUGGUCAAAGGUUACAAGAUCUAUGUCACAGAGGUCACAGGGUCAGCACGAGAGGUUACCUUUAACGUGGACUCAGUGAGCAGCAGCGGAGAGGAGAACUUUUUGCUGGAGGAUAUCGCACCUGGUGCCACAUAUGAGAUCCAGGUGGUUGCGCUUUAUCCACAAGGAGCAGCGGAUAUGGAUGACAGAGGAGAGGGCCCAAGAUCGGCCAAAAUACGAAUUGACACACCAAACUUUGAUUCACCACCGUCCAAAGUUGUCUGCAAGCCAUGGAAGAACUCCACAAUCAUAGUCACUUGGGAACCUCCUGCAAACGUUGACCCCAGAGGAAUCGAUGGAUACAAGAUCUUUUACAAGGGUCGCAGCAAGCGUCAAAACCCUAUGGGUGAGGUGACAGUGACUGCCCCUGGUCCAGACGGGAAGUGGCAGGGCGUUCUGGAUGGUCUUCCCAAGAAGAUCAAGUAUAACAUUGCGGUGGCAGCCUUCACAGGCGGGGACAGAGGCUACACAGGACGCAGGAGUCCAACUGUGGAGUACAGACAUGAUGGGUUUUCACCAGAACUGAGUAUCAGUGCUGUGGCACUUGGUCCAGAGAGUGUCUUGAUCACUCUGCAAACUGUGGGUCCAUCAAAGGUGGACAAACUGCGCGUUUUGUACACUGAUGAGAGUGCCAUUGAGUGGAAGCGAGUGGAAAAAAUAAAAAAAUUUGACCCUAAAAUGAACUAUAUUAUAGUAGAUAACCUGCAACCAAGGACUCGCUACUUCUUCAUGGCCAAAGUGCGGGUAAACAAGAGGUCCAGGCAGACAGUUACGCAUGUUUUUACACCUCCUUCAGUUCUGGAAGCCCCAGAGAACGUGACUGUCACAGCCAACACUGACAACAGUGUGCUCGUCACAUGGGAACACGAGUCAAGGGUCAAGGCCAGUGGGUUCAUUAUCAAGGUCAUGAGAGAAUUACCAUCUGGGAAAAUCAUGCCGUACAAACAACAAGUGGUGUUUAAAGAAAAUGAGGCCCUGGUCCAAGAUCUGUAUGAAGGGCAGAAGUAUCAGGUGCUAGUGGAACCCUUCGAUUUGGAUGGCAAGGGCAUUGCAAGCGAACCUGUUCACUUCUCUAUUGCUGCUUCAGAUAUUGAACUCACCACUCCAGCAUCCGACGUAAUGCCACCAAAAUUUUUAAGCUUUGAGCCUGAGAAUAUGGAGAUCAACCCAGGCGAUGACGUCAAACUGAAAUGUUAUGCCAUGGGUACGCCAAACCCAGAAGUUCGGUGGUUCAAGGACGGUCAGCCUGUAGGUGAGCCAGCUGACAGGAGCAACGAACUCCUCCUUCAAGACGUUCGAGAGUCUACUGAGCUGCAGUGUCGAGCUGUGAACAGCGCAGGCAGCGUUGUGCAAGCAACCAAUGUCACAGUCACCAGAAACUUGGCAUCAGGACUUCCAUACUUUGUCACUAAACCUCCAGAGCGCGUAGAAGCAGAACUGGGGAGUAGCAAAACAUUUGUGUGUAAGGCAGCCGGGGAUCCAGCCCCACAACUCAGGAUGAUCAAAGGAUCUGAGUCAGUAGCUGUGAGCAGAAGGGGUGAACAAGAGGUCACAUUUGUGGACACAAGGGUUGAUUCGAGUUACACCCUGAGAUGUGAAGCCUACAACUCUCAAGGGACUGUCCAGGCUGUUACUGAAGUUGUUAUAACAGGUCCUAAAGAGUCCAGACCUGUAUUCACGGAGGACCUUCCAGAACAAUUAGAGAUAGCAAAGGGAGACUCUGUCCGUCUCGUGUGUUCCGCCGAAGGCCAUCCUCCGCCAUCGGUUCUGUGGCUAAAGAACGGCUUCCAGGUUGGCAAAGCCAUGGAUUGGUCCAACACACUGUCUCUCCCAAGUAUCACAGAGUCCACUAACCUGGUCUGCCGAGCUACCAACCGAAUGGGAAGUAUCGUAACUGCUACAGCAGUGGAGGUCACAGGCCCUCCAGGUGAACCCCUGGCUCUGCCUAAAUUUAUCUAUCCUUUACCUGAACAACUGGACAUUGAUCGAGGCAAGAACUUGAAGCUCUUGUGCGGUGCUAGUGGAAAUCCUAUGCCCUUUAUUGAGUGGUUCCAGGGUGGUGGUCCUGUGGGCAAGCCCAUGCUGAAACAAAACGAGCUCAGUCUGAAUGGUGUGGAGGCAAACACCGAAUUAGAAUGUAUGGCAAGAAACUCUGUGGGAUCUGUGAGCAAAAUUAUCAAAGUACAAAUCAAGCCAGCUGAAGCUUCCAAGUACCCUGUGUUUGUGAACAAACCACCUGAAAGACUCAUCGUCAAGCGAGGUAAAGAUGUCAAUAUCGUGUGCGAAGUGAGCAAUGACCCACCAGCAAUCGUAACAAUUUUCAAAAACAACAGGCGAAUCCCAUCAAGGCGCAGACCCUCAAACAGAGUGAUGUAUCGGGAGCGGCGGGUAGCCAGACCAUUUGCCUUUACGUGCGUUGCCCGGAACAAAUUCGGCUCAAGUGAAGCCAGUACCUUUGUCCAGUUCACAGAUCAACAGGUGGCACCACCUACCCCGGUGGCUCCAUCCCCACCUGACAGAGUUGUGAUAAUCCAAGGUGAACAGCUCAAAUUGGCUUGUGCCUUCGAUGGUAAGCCCGAACCUAUGGUCACAUGGUACAACGGAUCGACGCCCAUUGGCCAGGCUCGGCGCUACCAAAACAUCCUCCUCCUCCCUUCUGUCGAAACAUCCACAACCUUCAAGUGCAAGGGAGUCAAUAAUGCCGGCACUGCUGAGCAAACUGUGAAAUUGACUGUCAUAUCUAGGCGUAUAUACUUAACCUUCUGAUGAAGAUUGGCAAUAAUGAAGUGGCUGACAACUCCACUAUUAACAUUAUGACACAGGCCUCUGAUGGACCAAACCCCAAUCAGCAGCCAGUGCUUAACUUAAACGUCAUUGAGAUCAGAGAAGAAUCUGCAAAGAUAGAUUUCUCAGCAUUGGCUCCCAGACCUAACUACUUUAGGUCAUACAGGUUGAAAGUCAAAGACUUAACAGCAGGAUCACGUGGGAACACCAUCUUUGACCGAGCAAUACAAUCUGGGGCUCCGGUCGGCUUGCAGAGACUGAAGCCUGGAAGACGAUACCAAGUCAUCCUGGAUGCCGUGCCAGCCUCUGUAGGCAGCAUUCUGACUGCAGAUGCCAUCUUUGAGACCCAGAAGUAUGGCACCCCAGUCUCUGUCUCGUCUGCGGAUUCGCCAGGGCAGAGCAGCCAGUCCACGACGGCAACAAUAAUGGAUUUGACAACCUCCACUACAACAACAACUACGACAGUGAUUCUAACAACAGCAGCACCAACACCAGGUGCUAUAGAGGAAGAUGAUCAUCACACGCUGAACCUUCGAGUUCCAAACAAGACUCCUUACAGAGUGGACAUUCGAUGGACAGUUGACCGUGGCGACUUGAAGGCUGUGAAGAAUUUCGUCAUCACUAUCAAGGGAAAGACAGGAAGAAAACUGCUACAGCAGGAACUUAGAGAUAACCAGAGGUCCAUAACAAUUCACUCUCUGAGCCCCAACACGAAGUAUUUUGUUAACCUGAAGGCAAAUGGAGAUUCUGGUGUGCUGGCAGAAGCAGAUUUACCAGUCCUGACUCCUUCUGCAGACGCUGUGGCUGUCACAUCUUCUGCUGUUCUUGACCUUGAGGCGAAUGAGAUCAGGCCGUCCAGUGCCAGACUUGACUGGCUGGUGGUUAACGGAGAUCCAAAGAUGGUCAACUCCUACAGCAUCCAAGUACUAGACGGAGGACCUGGUGGAUUCAAUCUUCUCACACAAAAAGUACCAAAGCACUCACAGUCGCUGAACCUGCAAAAGCUACUACCAAACAAGAGAUACCACGUGAUCAUUGACGCCCUUGACGCUUCGGAUAAUACCCUGAUGAAGUCUUCUCUGACUUUUGCCACACCCGCACAGGGCCGAUAUGGAGUCCCAGUUCGAGCCUCGUCGAAUGAGGAAAAGUCUGUAAGACAACCAGAACCUACCCAAAGGCCUCCUGUUAGCCCAGCCAUUCAUGAGCCGAUUCUGGACAUGGAAGUUUCCCCAACUGCUGAAACUUCUGCCAGACUGACGUGGCAAGUGGCUGGUGGGGACGCUUUGGACAUCAAGAACUACAGAAUCAGAGUGAGAAGCAAGGACCAAAAUGGUUUUGUGUUGUUGGAGAACAGUUUUCCUUCCAACACGGAGUUCUUCGCCAUUGAUGGGGUGCGAGCUAGAGAUGUAUAUUAUAUAGAGCUGGAGGCCUUGGGUGCUGGAGACUCAGUGUUGCUUAGUGCUGGCGUGAAUUUCCGUAUGCCAGCCUUGGGAGAACCUAGACGCCCUGUCCGAGGAUCCUCUUUGACCUCGCCCACACAAGGAGAAGGCCCUCCCCCUCCUCCUGAGAACCCGCCCACGCCACCUCCCCCGGCGUCUGAAGGCCGAGAGCCACCUCUGAGUGAUGAACCUGCACUCGACCUAGAAUUGAACCCUAGCAGCUCAGAUCAGGCUCGCCUCAACUGGACCCUGUAUCCAGUAGAAGCCAGAAGGAUCCUGUCAGGAUUCAACGUCACAGUCCGUAAGAACGACGCUAGAGGGGAAGUCUUCUUUGAAGACACAGUGUCUCCCAACAUAUAUACUUUCUUCAUCAUGGGGCUCCAGUACAACCAAGGUUACCACAUCCGAGUGUCAGCGCUGAAGAGAAACAAAGAUGUGCUGGUAUCUGCCUCCUCCCCUUACCUGGUACCUCCUCCGGGCCACUCAGUUGGGCCAAUCAGAACAUCAUCUUCCUUUGGAGAUUCGAACUCCGCUCAAUCCAGCAAGCCAGGAACCCACAGUCUGACCAUUGUGCAGGCUAGGCGUACAGGAGCUGGUGCUUUCUUCAUCAAGUGGUUACCCGCCGUGCCCGCCGUGCCCACCACGGGAACAAUGCUGAGAUAUGCAGAGUUCGACGUCAAGGGACUGAAGAGGCAAAAAUACAAAAUCAAGUUUGUGCCAUCGGGCCAGAACACAGUGACCAUCGUUGGCUUGAAGUCUGGUGCUACCUAUGGCUUCCAAGUGGCCAGUAUGGUACCUCAAGGUCAAUAUGUCCGUUGGAGCAAGUUGGUGCUCAAAACAAUGGACCAAAACUCUGGAUAAGAAGGGUAUUCCAAUUCAAGACCCACAAUGCCUCUGCAAGGGAACAUCUCUCCGCCACAGUGCCUGCAUAUAGUUUCUCUAUCUAUGCAUUUAUUCAUGGAAGACAUAAAUGUAAUAUUAGUGUACAGUAACAUCCAUUGUGUGACAUUAGGAGUGAACAAAAGAGACGAUUGCAUGGAUCUGUUUGAAGAAGAGUGAUGGAUUUUCCUUUCAUUUCUCUAUUUGCUGACGGUUUUGCUUUGGUUCUUUUUUAGUGGAUCAGAAUUGUUUUGCUUUUUUUUUCUUAGAGUCUGGUCUUUUAUAAAAUAUGAUUGCUUGUAGGCCUACAUUGUAUUAAUCCUUGGCCUUUUUAAUGUGAGACUGAAUUCAUAGGAUAUCAUAGUUUCUCUUACAGUCUGACAAUUCUAUUUCUUUCAAUAUUAUUUUGUAGACAUAUUAUCUCUUCACAAGAUAUUUACUGUAUACUUAAAUUAGGGAAGAAAAUGCUACUCUAUAUCAACGAUUUGCUUUAUAUGCACAUAUAGAACAAGCAAAAAAGCUCAGUUGAUUUACUAUCUACUUUCAAACAGAAGUUAAAAGGAAGGCGUAUAUUUUUUUUUAAAUCAAAGGCAUGGUUAAGGCUAGGUAUUUAGCCCUCAUAACAUUGGUAGGCCUACCUAUAUCAUGUCUAGUCCCUUAAUAAACCUUUUUUUGUAAACAAUAUGAUGUUUCGUUCACGUCAAUAUUUAUGUUUCAAUGAAGGACACUUUUCUGUGCCUCUUUGGUGAAGAUGGCAAUUAAAUACUCUUGGUGCUUCCUUUUUCCAAUU